CAUAUCCAAGAUUUAAUACUAAUGUCUAAAAUAGAUUAGGGUUAGUGGGCUCAAUGAGUGAUUAAUUUAACUCGGACUACAAACAUAAAACUUCUGCCCGAGGCACAUUUUUCCUGCGGGACCUUUUCUUUCAAUAGAGAUGCAUUCAAAUUAAGCGAGACCAUUACAAACUACAAGAUGGCAUCCAUAAAACACAAGAACACGAAAAGGAUAGAAGGUCUGGACAAGAAUGUAUGGGUGGCCUUCACAUCAGUGGCAGCAGACCCUUCCAUUGUCAAUCUUGGACAGGGUUACCCAGAUAUUCCUCCUCCUUCCUAUGUGAAAGAGGGUCUCGCUCAGGCUGCAAUGGUUGACAGGCUGAACCAGUACACACGUGGCUUUGGACACCCAACACUGGUUAAAGCCCUGUCAAAAGUAUAUGGAAAAGUCUAUGACCGUGAGCUUGACCCGUUUAAAGAGAUCCUGGUUACAGUCGGUGGAUAUGGAUCUUUGUUCAGCACUAUGCAGGCUCUGGUUGAGGAGGGAGAUGAGGUUAUCAUCAUAGAACCUUUUUUUGACUGCUAUGUUCCUAUGGUGAAAAUGGCAGGGGGGAAACCUGUUUUUAUACCUUUGCGAUUGAAGUCUUCAUCAGCAGCAACCAGUGUAAGUAGUGCUGACUGGGUUCUGGACCAGGACGAACUUGCUAGUAAAUUUAACUCCAAGACCAAGGCUAUCAUAAUCAACACUCCCAAUAACCCUGUUGGAAAAAUAUUCAGUAGGAGUGAGUUGCAAGGUAUUGCAGACCUCUGCAUCAAACAUGACACCCUGUGCUUCAGUGAUGAGGUAUAUGAAUGGCUGAUAUAUAAAGGCCAUGAGCAUGUUAAGAUAGCAACCCUCCCUGGAAUGUGGGACAGAACCAUCACUAUCGGCAGUGCAGGAAAAACAUUCAGCGUCACUGGAUGGAAGCUGGGUUGGUCAAUCGGGCCUGAACACUUGAUCAAACACCUCCAGACUGUUAUGCAGAACAGUCUCUAUACAUGUCCGACCCCAUUACAGGAGGCUGUUGGCCAGGGUCUUCUUCGGGAUUUUGAGCUGAUGGGUAAACCUGACUGCUACUUUACCUCUCUAGCAGUAGAGCUGGAAGGGAAAAGAGACCGCAUGGCAGCCAUGUUGAGACAGACUGGCAUGACUCCAGUGGUCCCGGAGGGAGGAUACUUCAUGAUAGUGGAUGUCACAGCACUCAAUCAGGACUUGUCACAUAUGGGAGAUGAUGAACCAUAUGACUACAAGUUUGUAAAAUGGAUGAUAAAAGAGAAGAAACUGGCUUCGAUUCCUGUAACAGCUUUUGUGGGGGAAGAUUCAGUAAAGCAGUUUGAGAAAUAUAUUCGUUUGUGCUUUAUCAAGCAAGAAAGCACCUUGGAUGCAGCAGAGGUCAUUCUGAAGAGCUGGAACAAAGGCUGAUGUUUGAAAGCCUGAUAAUGCAGUAAUACAUGUGAGGUACUGCUCAGAUAAAAUAUGUAACUUGUUAUAUUGUUACAUCCUCUUAAAAUGACCUUAACUAUAGCUGAAGUGUUUUUGAGCUUGUAUUGAAAGUUUGCAGGAUCAAGCCUGUUGGGAUUAUGAAUUAUGUGUUAAUUUUUAAAUUAAUAUUUUGUCACAGGCUACUAGUGGUUUAAAACUGACUGAAUUUAACGUUUGAAUAGUAAUAAAUACAAAUAAAUCAGACGUGAAGAAACCA